AUGUCUGAAGAGGCUGGGGGAUGGAGCACCAUCGAGUCAGACGAGGGAGUGUUUACUGCACUGGUAGAAAACCUGGGUGUCCAGGACGUACAAUUUGAGGAAUUAGUAUCUUUGGACGCAGACACAAUACGCUCGCUAAGCCCUGUAUAUGGUGUAAUAUUCCUGUUCAAAUGGAUCAGCGGACAAUCACGAAGUACUUCCAGCCCACAGGAUGGAGAAUUUGACCCUCUAGCGGUUGAGAAUGGCCUCUUCUUUGCCGCCCAGACGAUACAAAAUGCCUGCGGCACACAAGCAGUAUUAUCUGUUAUCUUGAACCAAGACAACCCGUCGACAUCUGCAAGUGGAAUCGAUAUUGGCUCUGAGCUGCGUUCCUUUAAAGAGUUUACCACUGGGUUCCCUCCUGAUCUCAGAGGCGAGACCUUGAGCAAUUCGGCUCGCAUUCGCAACGCACAUAAUCUGUUCGCCCGCUCUUCGCCCUUUGUCGACGAAACAUCUCGUCCACCCCCAUCCGAAGAAGAUUCAGAGCUAUACCAUUUUAUUGCCUACCUUCCAUUCAAUGGGAAAUUGUACGAGCUGGAUGGACUGCAGCCACAUCCGAUAACCCAUGGGCUCUGUAGCUCUGAGGAAUUCCCCGAAAAGGUUAUCGAAGUCCUUCAACGGCGAAUUGGGCGGUACCCCGAAGGCGAGAUUCGAUUUAAUCUCAUGGCCGUCGUGAGGGACCUGCGGAUAAGCGCGCAAGAGAUUGGAGAUGAAGAAAUGUUGGAUAGAGAGAAGAGGAAGAGAGCAAAUUGGGCUUGGGAGAACUCGCUGAGAAAGUGUAACUUUAUCGACUUCACCGGACAGCUUCUGAAGGGAGUCGUGGAUAUGAAACUUAAGCAAGGAGUAGAGGAAUAUGACAAGUGGAUAGAAGAUGCAAAGAAAGCAUCCAGCAAACGAGCAGAAAUGAGGGGGACAAAUCGCCCUGGGUAG